AGCUGGCAGUCCAGCACUUUUUGGAUGAAGAGCAAAGUUAGCCCGUCUAUUUCAACAGUCAUUCUUCUGGUUCCGUGUAAGAAGCACCUUCCACCAUGCGGUUCUUCAUGCUUGCAAUGGCGCUGUGUUACGCCUCUGCACGUAAUAUCACUUCGAAUCCCAACACCAGAUACAUACAGGGAAAUAAUACUGAUGAAAAAGAAGCUAUUAGUUUCCUAUUGGCGUACGACCGAGAAGCUAGUGCUAUGUGUAAUAACGUUAUGAACACGCAGUGGGAUUUCAACACCAACAUUACCGAGGCUACGAAACAGCGGAUGUUGGAAACGCAGUUGGAAUACGCAAAAUUCCAAAAGGAUGUUUGGGCGACUGCUACGACAUUCAAAUGGAAAACAUUCCGCGACCCGACCAUCCGUCGCCAAUUCAAGGUGCUCUCUGUUCUUGGAAGAGCCGCCCUUCCCGAAGAAAAACUGAAAGAGAUUCAACAGCUUUUGGCAGACAUGCGGGAUAUUUACAGCCGGAAUCGAGUUUGCCCUUACGUUAAACCACCCAAGAAUACAUCGCUCCCAAUCCGCCCGGAAUCCAUUAAAUGCAACCUUGCGCUAGAUCCGGAUUUGACGCGUAUAAUGGCCAAAUCAAAAGAUACCAAUGAAUUAACUUACAUGUGGCAACAAUGGCAUGAAGAAACUGGACGCCCACUCCGUUCCAAAUUCAUACGCUACGUCGAAUUAUCCAACGAAGCAGCUCGUCUCAACGGUUUUAAAGACACUGGGGAUCAAUGGAGAGCUUCGUAUGACAUUGAAGACUUUAACUCUGAGCUCGAGGAAUUAUGGAUGGGAUUGCGGCCACUUUAUCAGCAGCUGCAUGCCUACGUCCGCCGAAGGUUACAUUUUCAAUACGGAAAAGCUGUACCUCUGGAUGGACCGAUCCCUGCACAUCUAUUGGGCAAUAUGUGGGCUCAAUCAUGGAGUAAUCUAUACGAGGCAACGGUUCCAUUCCCAAACAAAAAUAGCAUGGACGUUACCCUGAGUCUGAAGCGUCAAGGCUAUGAUCCGGUGCGGAUGUUCCAACUGGCUGAUCAGUUCUUUGUCUCGCUGGGCAUGAAAUCCGUUCCAGACUCGUUCUGGACGGAUUCUAUGCUGGAGAAACCGCUAGAUCGCGAAGUAGUCUGCCAUGCGUCCGCUUGGGACUUUUGUAACGGGCGUGACUUCCGCAUAAAACAAUGCACAGAAAUCACAAUGGAAGAUUUGACUACUGCCCAUCAUGAGCUCGGACACAUCCAAUAUUACAUGCAAUACGUGAAUCAACCGUUAGCCUUCAGGGAGGGAGCCAACCCAGGUUUCCACGAGGCAAUCGGAGAUGUCAUCGCGUUGUCAGUCUCGACACCCAAACAUAUGCAACAAAUAGGCUUGCUGGAUAGUGCAACGGACGAUCCAGAAGUCGAUAUCAACUAUCUUUAUUCGAUGGCUCUGGACAAAAUCGCCUUUCUGCCUUUUGGCUUUUUGUUGGAUCAGUGGCGCUGGAAGGUGUUUAGCGGUGAAAUUCCAUUCGAUCAAAUGAAUAAGGCGUGGUGGGAUUUGCGGCUUCGUUAUCAAGGCGUUGCUCCUCCGGUGAAUCGUAGUGAGCACGAUUUUGAUGCGGGUGCUAAAUAUCACGUUCCAGCUAAUACUCCUUAUAUCAGAUAUUUCGUCAGUUUCGUGCUCCAGUUUCAGUUGCAUAAGGUGCUAUGCGAAGCAUCCGGACAUGUGGGUCCAUUGCACAAAUGCGAUAUUUAUCAGUCACGAGAGGCCGGGAAAUUGUUGGCGGAAUUGCUAAAGCUGGGUUCAUCUAAACCAUGGCCUGAUGCUAUCCGAAUUCUUACUCGCGGUCGAACCAGCAGGAUGGAUCCAGGGGCAAUCUUGGAAUAUUUUGAACCGUUGAUUGAAUGGCUGAAAAAACAGAAUGUCGAGGAAAAGGCUGGGUGGAGAGGCAUGAAUAGCGGAAUCUUAAUCAAAACCACCUGGAUUGCUGUGCUACUACCGUCCAUUACUUUGGUAUUCGCAAGAUUGUGGUAGUGGGUUGGUUUUCCUUCGUGGGUCUUUCAACGGUUGUGGUCAUUAACUUUUCGUGCUAACCCAAAAUUCUUCACCACAUUCGAACCAAGUUUUUCUGAUAUUUUACGGUUCCCAGUGCGAACUGUUCCUGUACAGAAUUCAUUUAUAAUUUCUGAAAUUAAUUUAAAUUCCUCACAUUGAAAUAUUCCUGUUUAUUGUUAUGAUCCCAUCGUCCAGCGUAUGAGCUACACCUAAUAUACCAGACCAUUAGCUCGCUUGUGAUUGCUUGGUUGUGUGGGAUUUUGGGGGAAAGGAGCGAAAACAAUUCUCAGCCCUGAGUGCACCUGGUAACCGUUAGAUGGCGUUUGUUACUUAAUAGGAAAAAGAUAUGGGGGAGGAGAACAACAAAGGACUAUUUGCUUGUUUUCCCUCUAACUGUUCCAAAGCUUUCCUUUUGUGUUGUCGUUUUCCCAGUAAAACUAACCUAUUUUUCAGGUAGCAGUUAUAGUCGUAACGGUAGUAAGUAAGUAAACUUCAAGUAGACCACGAGAGGGAAAACGUCUAGGCUUUUGUUACGAAUACAUUUAUCAUUAUCUUUGCUACAGAGGAGCCUCCCCUUACCAAGAUUUCAUUAAACAAUAUGGAUUUCAACUUUUCAAGACCGUUAACAAGUGUUGCCAGCGACAAUAUUAACCGUUUGGUAUUAUAAACAAUCUAAAAAAAAAUGAUACGCGUGCGAUAAACUGCGGUAGGCAUAGAAAGGGAGGAUUGGAAAGCGACUACUUCGUGGGAACUUGAAAGUCGACUUGCUAGUUCUCAGCUGAUGAAGCCGAACUAGCUCAAUUGCACUUCAUUCGUCGACGCGUUGUGACAGAAGCCUGACGGGGGGAAAAGUCUCUUGCAGGCAUUAAAAUAGAUAUAUAGCACGUGAUCGUCCAAGCAGUCGCAUAAUUAGUCCAAUUGAAAGUUAUCAGUACACGUGAAGCAGUGCCCGUUCGAUGGCCAAGAUUUUGUCAAGCAACACUGUGGCAAGUCAUCGUUUCCCACUUGACUAGUUUUUCAACAAAUAUCGACCGCCGGGUUGCAUCUAAGG